AUGAAGCGAGGUGCAGCUGCCCAACAACAUGACGACUUUACAUAUGACAUGAGCACUAGUUACCCCCAUGAGAAAUCACCACCCACCACACCUCAACAUUCACCAAAGCCACGUGCCUACAUGUCAGAUACUCGGCGGGGUCUUCCAGUGCUCAAAAAGGCGCCACCGACACCGUAUGGUUUGUACCCGUCCAUGACAGCAACGGCCAAACCCGAUGACGAGACCAAAUCGACCUUAUCGGAGAGUUGUGCAUCUUCCUAUGACAGGAGUGUCGGGGGCAAAUCGAGUACUACUGGUACUAGGGGUAGCCACCUCAAGCCGUGUCCAGAAAUGUUGGACCACAGCUCUAGUACUCGAGGAGGUGGAGGAGAAAUGGAGGAUGAUGUUUCCGUCUCCGUACGGCAUUUGUUUGCCGAAGAAGCUGCCGAGGCAUUGACCAAUGUUUCCGGGCAUUCUUCCACCUAUUGGAACGGGGAUGCUUCUGCGACCAGUAGACGCAGAAGACAAGAGGCAUAUCACAAUAUGUCCUAUGGGCAGGAUCAUUCCCGUCGUCCUCGUGACGAGCAGCACCGACCCCACUCGUAUCCACCAGAGAGUCAUCAUCGUUCCAAUUCGACCAUCAUGAGCCAUGAUGGCGGGCCGAGAAGACGCCACCAAGAUGGAGGCGAGAGCCGACGUCGAGAGCCCCUGCGUUCCCAGGGGGAAGAUAGGCGCCAUCGCAGCUUCCAGGAAGAAGCUCCUCCUUAUUAUGAACGAGGAUACCAACCACGCUCGCAACGACGAGGACAUGCGUUUUCCAAGUCAGAGCCGUACAUUCACUAUGACUACGAAGCCGAUUGUGGUGGUCUUGACAGACAUCAUCAACCACGAGGCAAUGCUUUUCGACAGUACAGAGAAGAACAGGCGCUAUUACCGGUAUAUGCACCCAUGGACAUGUACCAGGAUCGUCGUCCUCGCAAUCAUCCGUAUCGUCAUUCUGACAAUUCCAUGCCGAUGAUGAGGAGAGAGGAGUCCUCCCUUCCUGGUGCUGAUUCUUAUCAUCACCACCACGGGCGAUCGCAUCCACGACGUUAUUCGGAAAGGACUUCACUACAUUCCAGGUCCUUGUCGUAUGACGAGGAUCCACAACGACGACCCGGUCGAAGAGAAGUCCGCAGAUUCCACUCGGAGCCUGAUGCGCUCUUGCAGGAGCAGUACAGUGGUAGAGACCUGUACGACCGCUGCUACGCGGAGGAAAAGAACACGCCUCCCCGAGAUGUGUACGGCUCGAACAGCCCGCAAGGGUCCCAUCACAGCGCGGAACUUCGUGUCGAAAGCACACGAGGACAACAACAAUCGAGAUCACGAGGAUCAUCCUUUGACAGCUUGACCAAAGGAGAAACCACCAAGAAGGGAUCACUCAAGCAGGCUCCUCUGGCGGCAGCCACAGGCAAGAAAAAGGCACCACCUCCAGCUCCCGCGCAAAAGCCACAGGACGAUACGAGUGAUGUCUUUUUGGAAGUCGCCCCUGGAGUCAAGGCAAAACUACGGUUGAGCCAUGAGACAAAGGAUGCCAUUGCGGCAAACUUUUACACACCAACUGUCUGCUGGGGAUGCUGUGCGGCCCUCUAUUGCAUCUCGGAUGCAGCCUUUCUCAUCUGCCCCAAUUGCACUGUCAUUAGUCCCUUGGAACAGGAGAGUCUUCCAGGGUCGAAUGGCAUUGGCAUGGCUUUUACAAAAGAUACCUUGCUCAAAGUGCAAGAGGAGCUCCGCAGUGAAUCAUCAUACGCAAAGACGCACGGAAAAGGAAAGGCCGUCUGCUAA